AAAGACUAAGGUCAGUACCCAACUCCGAAGCAGGUCUGCAGCUUUUAUCUCCGCGGUAAUACAGGUGACCCCUUCCCUAACGUGACCUCCAACCCUCUAGCCACGGCGCCUCCACGGACACCAGACCCUUCGGGGCUAGAGCUCGCGAUCCCCUUCCCAGAGUGCCCUGCGCUGUGAAGAAGCGACUCCCGGGGACUGGGGGCAUUUUGUGUUGGUUGGAGCCGGAGUAACAAGAUGGCGGCGUCAGCGGAGUGACAGGGGUCUCCCCGGGCUGGAGUCGGCGGCAGUGGUGGCAGCGAUAUCGCCGCCCUAACUCACCGCGCCCUUAUUCCAGCCCGCGACGCUGCAGUGAAAGCGAGGCAGCGGCAGCCGCCCGGAAACAAGUAGCCUAACCCAAGUAACAGCAAGAAACGCCUCACAAACUGCGGCCUGGCUAAAAAAAAAAAAAAAAAAAAAAAAAAAAAAAAUCUGACUGAGUAACGGCGAUCGGGUUUCCCCCGGCCAGUUCUUAGCCCUGUAACGCCGGGAAAGGCCUCCGUUUUCCCGUUCCUGCGCCCUCCUCCGUAGCCGUGCUCAGCAGACGAGCCCCAGGGGCUUCCGUCCUCCCUCAGGCGUCGGGGCUCGGCCCCGGGCUCCGGCUUCGUCUCCCAGGAUGGCGAGCAGCAGCGGUUCCAAGGCCGAGUUCAUUGUCGGAGGGAAAUACAAACUGGUGCGGAAGAUCGGGUCUGGCUCCUUCGGGGAUAUUUACCUGGCGAUUAACAUCACCAACGGCGAGGAAGUGGCAGUGAAGCUAGAGUCUCAGAAGGCCAGGCAUCCCCAGUUGCUGUACGAGAGCAAACUCUAUAAGAUUCUUCAAGGUGGGGUCGGCAUCCCCCACAUACGGUGGUAUGGCCAGGAAAAAGACUAUAAUGUGCUAGUCAUGGAUCUUCUGGGACCCAGCCUUGAAGACCUCUUCAAUUUCUGUUCAAGAAGGUUCACAAUGAAAACUGUACUUAUGUUAGCUGAUCAGAUGAUCAGUAGAAUUGAAUAUGUGCAUACAAAGAAUUUUAUACACAGAGACAUUAAGCCAGAUAACUUCCUAAUGGGUAUUGGGCGUCACUGUAAUAAGUGUUUAGAAUCUCCAGUGGGGAAGAGGAAAAGAAGCAUGACUGUUAGUACUUCUCAGGACCCAUCUUUCUCAGGAUUAAACCAGUUAUUCCUUAUUGAUUUUGGUUUGGCCAAAAAGUACAGAGACAACAGGACAAGGCAACACAUACCAUACAGAGAAGAUAAAAACCUCACUGGCACUGCCCGAUACGCUAGCAUCAACGCACAUCUUGGUAUUGAGCAGAGUCGUCGAGAUGACAUGGAAUCAUUAGGAUAUGUUUUGAUGUAUUUUAAUAGAACCAGCCUGCCAUGGCAAGGACUCAAGGCUGCAACAAAAAAACAAAAAUACGAAAAGAUUAGUGAAAAGAAGAUGUCCACUCCUGUUGAAGUUUUAUGUAAGGGAUUUCCUGCAGAAUUUGCUAUGUACUUAAACUAUUGCCGUGGGCUGCGCUUUGAGGAAGCCCCGGAUUACAUGUACCUGAGGCAGCUAUUUCGCAUCCUUUUCAGGACUUUGAACCACCAGUAUGACUACACGUUUGAUUGGACAAUGUUAAAGCAGAAAGCAGCACAGCAGGCAGCCUCUUCCAGUGGGCAGGGUCAGCAGGCCCAAACCCCCACAGGCAAGCAAACUGACAAAACCAAGAGUAACAUGAAAGGCUUCUAAGCAUGAAUUGAAGAACCGAAGAAGCAGACCAGAUGAUCGGAGCAGCAUUUGUUUCUCCCCAAAUCUAGAAAUUUUAGUUCAUAUGUACACUAGCCAGUGGUUGUGGACAACCAUUUACUUGGUGUAAAGAACUUAAUUUCAGUAUAAACUGGCUCUGGGCAGUGUCGCUGAAGCUUUGUCUGGAGUUGUAGCCGCUGUAAUUGUGAAUAUUAACUGAGAUAGUGAAACAUGGUGUCCGGUUUUUUAUUGCAUUUUUUCAAGUGGAAAAGUUAACUAAAUGGUUGAGACACACACACACACACAAAUUGGUGGAGAAAUUGUGCAUAUGCCAAUUUUUUUGUUAAAACUUUUUAUUUUGAAAUAUCCUGCUUUGAGAUCUCAUUUCAGAAGAAUGGCAUGAACAGUCUUCAGCCACAGUUGUGAUGGUUGUAAAUGCUCACAAUUGUGCAUUCUUAGGGUUUUUUAAUCCCUGGGGUUUGCAAGUUGUUCACUUAAAACAUUCUUUAAAUGGUUGGCUUCUUGUUUGCAAGCCAGCUGAUACGGUAGCAACCAAAGAUUCCAGUGUUUGAGCAUAUGAAAGACUGCCUGCUUACUUGUGCUAGAAAUAACAGCAUCUAAAGCGAAGACUUAUGAAAAAUUUAGUGACUACUAGAUUAUCCUUAGGACUCUGCAUUAACUCUAUAAUGUUCUUGGUAUUAAACCCAUAUUUGUCACAGAAGUUUAGUUAACAUCUUACAACUGAACAUGUAUGUAUGUUGCUUAGAUAUGUAAUCACUGUAAACAUCUAUAUGAUCUGGGAUUUUGUUUUUAUUUGAAAUGGGAGCUUUUUUGUUUACAAGUUCAUUAAAAACUUAAAACUUUCUGUAAGGAAAUGAGAUUUUUAAGAAAAACAAACAAAAUGCCUUGCUGACUCAAUGAAAUAAAAAUCUCCCCAAUUUUUUGAUAGACUACUUCAGCCAUUUGUUGUUACAUGACACUCCUUUACUAGUUGUUUAAAGAUUUAGUGUUAAAAAUUCUUUUUUUUUAUUUAAAGUUUUUUCCCCUUUUGCUCUGAAAGAAAAAGGCAUCUUUUCUUUCUUUCUUUCUUUUUUUUCUUUUCUUCCUUUCUUUUUUUUAUGACCUGCAGGCACAAUACUAAUCUUGCCUCUGCCAGAACUUGUAAUUCUUGCUGCCACUGACUUAACAGCUGGGCUGAUUUUGAAUAAGGAUGAAAGCAUUAAAGGGUUUGACUCCAAAAUGUUUUUCUAUAAAAUACUUGUGAAAUGGCUAUAAGCACUUGACUCCUCCGAGUGUCUUGCUGUGUGAAGUUCAAGUGAUUCUUUAUCCUCUACCCCCACCCGCUUCUGUAAGUUACCUGUGUGUGCGUGUGAGUUUCUCAGUCUUAUUUACUCACUCUUUCUCUGACACAGAGAAAGAAGACUUAUCGAUAGUAAUUCUUUAUAUAGUGUAAUUUAUUCAGUUGUAGCAUGUCAGGAUAAAUUAAAAGAACAGUAGUCCGAAAAUGCCACCAGGAGCUUAUUGUGUAAAUGUAGGUAUUUUACUUGUAAAAUAACCUUGAAACUAAGUUGACAUAUUUGGUCAGAUUGUAUUAAAGUUGAUUUGGGGGUUUUUUAAGGAUUUUUUUUUCCUUUUUUAAUUUUACAACUACUUUAGCAAUAAUUAAUUCCAUGUUUGCCACAUUCUGUCAUUAGUGGGUAUAUUGGUAUGAUAUGGAAGAAAUCCGAGUCUGAACUUUCGGGGUAGGCGGCUUAUGUUUUCUUUUCUAACCACUUGUGUCAGUUAAGGUGUUUUUUUCUUGACUAAUAAACCCUUUGAUACUUUUAGCCAGAAAUCAGUCUCAUAAAGCUAUUUUUGAGUAUAGUUUGUGUAAAAUAAAACUGUUUAGCUUUGGUAACAACUUUUCCAAGCUGAACUCCCUCUAGCAAGAUAUUUUUCAGUGCUUUUAUUUACUAUGCACUUAGACUAUGCACUUUUUCUGAAAUAUUUUUGUAACACUUUUUUGUAUUUUUGCCAUUUGAAAAGGUUGUGGUGUAGUUGGUCUGUAAUUAAGUUGCAGAUUUAAACCUGCUGUUAGCUUUGUAAAUCAAAAUAUAGGUGUUUUUGCCCUGGUAUGUUGUUAUUCCAUCUGCAGCUGGAGCUGGAAUCCCAUUGAUCUUCUAGCUACCAUUCAUUUUCUGCACAAUUCACAAAAGAAGAUUGUGAAAUUCAGUGAAUGCUGUUACUAAUCCUGUCGGGAGAUGAAUCUCAUUUCACCAAAAUUAAAUUAUGUUUUUCCACAAAAUGAUACAAGUUGAAGACACAUCACUCUGAAAUUGGAAGACCUCACCACUUAAGGCUCUGCAGUGGCUUGCUCGGCUGAACUCUAGGUUACUACUCUUUACUUUGUUCACCCAUUGAGGGGUGCAGUUUUUCUAAAUGUUGGGAGAUGGCCCUUCUAACUACUGUUGAAUGUCUGUUUUGGGAAGGUAUAAGAAGAAAAUAAAAGAUAUAUAUGAAGGGA